AUGAAGCUCCUUUACAUUGGUAUCAUCCGCAACGACUCGAAGCCGUCGCACGAGAUCGUUGCCGAGAAGGAGCUCAGCGCCUACUCGCGCUUCACGCGCAACAACUAUGGCGAGUUCAUGUCACUCUUCUCCAAGACCGUCGCAGAGAGGACGAGGCCUGGCCAGCGUCAGGAUGUCGAAGAGCAGGACUACACAUUCCACGCCUACGGUCGCAGCGAAGGCGUCUGCGGCAUCAUCAUCUCCGACCAGCAAUACCCCGCCCUCGUCGCCCAUCAGCUCCUGUCGAAAGUCGUCGACGAGUUCCUCACCAAGAACCCCCGCUCGGCCUGGGCCACGGGGACGCCCUCCAUCGCCAUGCCCGAGCUGCGCGAGUACCUGAGCAAGUACCAGGAUCCCCAGCAGGCCGACAGCAUCCUCAAGAUCCAGAAGGAGCUCGACGAGACCAAGAUUGUGCUGCACAAGACCAUUGAGAGCGUGCUGCAGCGUGGCGAGAAGAUUGACGACCUGGUCGCCAAGAGUGACGGGCUGAGCUCGCAGAGCAAGAUGUUCUACCAGCAGGCCAAGAAGCAGAACUCUUGCUGCGUCUUGAUGUGA